AUGUUCUCAAAUUUGGUAAACAAAGCAUCAAAAUUUGCUAUGGAAGGAGUUAAAAAUCUCGUUGUAAAACAAUAUAAAUUACCAGUAACAAAAAUCGUUGAUAAUUUAAUGGAAUAUCGUUCAUCACCUGAAACUGAUGAUUAUCGAUAUUUUGAUCCUAAACUUCUUCGAUCAACCGAUAGUAUGAAUGUUGCUCGUAAUCGACAAGGAUUUAAUGAUGUUAUUGUUUUUAUGAUUGGUGGUGGUAAUUAUAUUGAAUAUCAAAAUCUACAAGAUUAUGCUAAAACUCGAUCAACAAUAGCAACAAAACAUAUUGUUUAUGGAUGUACUGAACUUGUUAAUGCUUCACAAUUUCUUGAACACUCAAAGAAUUUUAGUGAAGAAGAAAUUGACAAUUUUCGUCAAUGUUUUCAAUUAUUUGCUCCACAAGGUUAUGUAGAUACACCUGAUAAAUUAUGUUUUAUUAUGCGAUCAUUAAGCAUGGCACCAACAAUUGUAGAACUUAAACGAUACUUUACUAAAUAUAAAAAAGAGGCUGAUGUUGUUGAAUUUGAUGAUUUUCUUAAAAUAAUUUUGGAGCAUCGAUCAACAGAAAAUUGUUCGAAUGAAAUAAUGGCUGCUUUUCAACUUUAUGAUACACAACGACAUGGUUAUAUUGAUGCUAAACAAUUAAGAUAUAUCUUAACUCAUAUAGGAGAAAAAUUAACAGAUAGAGAUGUCGAUCUUAUUUUACGUGAAUUAAAUGUUGCUUCUGAUGGUCGUGUUUUUUAUAAUAAUCUUGUUCAUAUGCUGACUCAACCAUUAGCUUCACAUCGUUAG